AUGGAGGACAGAAGCAGCUGCAACAAUGACCGGGAGCGCUUGGGAAUACGCUUCACCAUAGACUACCUGCUGUACAACAAGGACAGUAAGUGUAUGAGAGAAGAGCAAAAUAUUCCCGCAGUGGAGCAGACCCCUCAUAGUCUACUGGAGGGCCAGAGUCCUGACAUCCUCUCAGUGAGGAAAAUUAUCAAACCUGGGAGCCCUGAGAAGGGGCCAGAGGGAGAAGAGGGGUCAGAGGAGGAGAAUGAAGAGGAGGAGGAGAUCAAAGGGGGGAAAGAUGAAGAGGAAACCACUCCAGACAGUCCACAGGACAAGCCUUCCCAGUCCUACAUCUCCCUUAUCUCCAUGGCCAUACUUGCUUCAGAGGAGAAGAAGCUCUUGCUGUGUGACAUCUACCAGUGGAUCAUGGAUAACUACCCCUACUUCAAGAGCAAGGAUAAGAACUGGAGGAACAGCGUCAGACACAACCUGUCCCUGAACGAGUGCUUUGUGAAGGCUGGUCGGAGUGACAAUGGUAAAGGCCAUUUCUGGGCCAUCCACCCUACUAACUUCCAGGACUUCUCCAAUGGAAACUACCAUCGCCGCCGGGCUCGCCGCAGGAUCCGCAGAGUAACAGGACAGCUCCCCUACGCCCUGCACACACCCUAUUACCCCCUCCAUAGGCCCAGGGGGGUGUGGUGCUGGUGCUGUCCCCCAGCCCACCCUCUGUCCUACGUCUCAGCCAGGAUCUAUUGGAGCUGGGCCAGCCUGCACACCAGACGACACCCAUCCUCGCUUCGGUUCAAUAGCACCACAUAG